GUUGUUGUCUCUAAUUUUCAGUCUUAAGCACUCUUGAUCCAUUCCGUGCUAAUUCUCAACUCCAGGCUGUGCAGUGUAGGAUUUGUCCAUUCCCUGUUGUCAUUCAGGAGUGUGGUGGCCUUUAUGACAUUGUGGUGGAUUUAAUGUAUAAACUACAUGCAAGCUUACCAGCAGACACUCUGACUGGCCACAGAGAGAGGUUUUACUCUCACUUUGCUGAAUUGAAGAAAUUCUUCUUUGAUGCUGGAAACAUGGCUUAUGUAAAAGCUUUGGUUCCUAUUCCAGUGCUACCUCAGAAUCCUCCCUCUUUCACAUUAUCUGAUCCCAAGCCAACUUUGGUGAGAUCCACUAGUGAGGAAGUGCCAAGGCGUAAGUCAACUCCAGCUGAAGAUUUCAAGCGCCAGAGCCUAAUGGAGCCACUUAAUAUACCUGUUACAAUGGAGCCAUUACUUCAGACAACUCCUCAGACUCCAGAAGCUAAUAUGUUAGGAAUUGAUGCUUCAAAUGGCCCUGCAACUGACAACAGGGACCUGAUAAUCAAUCAGUUGCGACAAGAGAUUGCACAACUAAAGCUGGCAUUAGAGCGUCAACAGAAAGAUGCAAAAGCACUUGAAGAUUCUCUUCGCUCCCAGAUUGCAAGGCUUACUGAAGAACUAAAUGAGUACAAGACAAUUGCAGAGAAAGCUUGUGAGGAGAAUGUUUCGUUAAAGAAAGACCUAGAAAGCAAAGAGGAUGACAAGAAAGAUCAGAAAGGUCCAGCAGAAGAGAAAUAUACCAAACUCAAAGGAAUUUACAGUAAACUGAGAGAGGAACACAUCCAGCUCUUGCGAACUAACGCUGAAGUGAAGCAAAAAUUGAAUGCUUCAGAAAAGGACAAAGAGGAAUUAAGUCAAGUAAACGAAAAACUUCAACUGGAAGUAGAUGAUAAGUCCACAGAACUUUUACAAGUGUUUCAGAAAGCGGAAAUGGCUGAGCAGGAUGGGAAGAGAGCGGGUGAUGAGAUGGCAAGACUGACGAAAGAGCACGAUGAAAAGAUGGCCACACUAAUGGCCGAGCUCCAGGCGUUAAGAAAAGAAAAAGGAGAAACAGAAGAAGCGAAGAAAAUUGCUGAUGAACAAAUAGAAGCCAUGAAAAAAGAUCACGAGGAAAAGAUUGGAACACUUAGUAGCGAUUUAUCAAGUUUUCGGAAGAGUUGGACAGAUGAAGAGCUGGCAAAGAAAACUGCUGAGGAAACGAUUCAAAGAGAAAGACAGGAGCAUAAAGACAAGAUUUCGAUUCUUGCGGAAGAGAUAGAGGCUUUGAAGAAAGAAAAAGGUGAAACAGAUGAGGCCAGAAGAAUCGCCGAAGAACAAAUAGAAGCAAUGAUAAAAGAUAACGAGGAAAAGGUUACAACGCUUAGCCGAGAGCUUUCAGAUGUUCAAAAGAGUAGGACUGUUGAGGAGGAGGCGAAACGAACAGCCGAGGAAACUAUAGAGAAAGAAAGAAAGGGACAUGAAAAAAUGGUAAAUGAGCUUGAAAGAAAAAGACUCGAAGAUAUCUCUAAAGAAAAGUACGACUUAGUAGGUACGGCGAUAGAGUCAGCAGAAAGAACAAUCCAAGAUGCUUUAGAUCAGUUUCAAAAUCCGAAGCACAGUUCUACGACUUGUACUGCAGAUUACUUGCUUAGUAGAAUCGAGAGCCUUCCAGGAGUUGUUGACGAGCUUAAUUCGAAGUUUGCAUCUUAUAAAAAAGAUCACAAAGAUGCCAUUCCCUGUAUAUGCUGUCUUGGUUCGUUCUCACAUCAGCUCAGUGAUUGUAUCUUAAAUGCCAAGGCUACCUCUCACAUGGCACCUACUCAAGAAGCUGAAGAUCUUCGGUCACUCGGUGAAUCUGCUGGUAAAGCUUCUCUCGAACUGUUGCAACUCUACAAACAAAGUGAUCCGGAUCCAAACGCUCUGGCCGACAAGCUGAAUGCCGUAAAAAAAUACAUCUCAGAUAUUACCAAAGUUGCUGAGGCUCUCGCGCCCAAAGAAAAAGACGGUGUUGAUAGUAUAGGUGGAGAAGUAGACGAUGAAAUCAAUGCUACUGCAGAACUUGUCGCAGAUUCAGCGGCCAGGAUUCAGGAAAUGAUCAAUCAAACAAGGGAGAAAUACAGUGGUGUACAACUUGAAGUGAACGGAAGAAUUUUAGAUUCCUGCACGGCACUGAUGGAGGCAAUCAAGAAAUUGAUAAUGAAGUCUAAAGUAUUGCAAAAGGAGAUUGUCGACGAGGGCAAGGGUCAAGCAACAGCUAAAGAGUUUUACAAGCGUCACCACCGCUGGACGGAGGGGCUUAUCUCCGCCGCGAAAGCUGUUGGUUGGGGAGCCAAAGUGCUUGUUGACUCCGCUGACAAAGUUGUUCAGGGGGGAGGCAAGUUUGAGGAAAUAGUUGUAGCAUCCAAUGAAAUUACAGCAAGUACAGUGCAGCUGGUGGCUGCUUCGAGAGUAAAGGCUCGACAAGCCAGUACAGGUUUAGCUGCUCUGCAAGGGGCCUCCAAAAAUGUGGUUGAGUCAGCGGCUGGUGUGGUGGCAUCUGCUAAAACAGGAGCUGAAAUGAUAGAAGACAGUAAAGCCGUACCAGAUUACACCAAGCUAAGUCUCACCCAGGCUAAGAGAUUUGAAAUGGAGUCACAGGUUCGGGUUCUAGAGCUUGAAAGCCAGCUGACUAAAGAACGUCAAAAACUAGGAGAACUGAGGAAAGCACAUUAUCAACUGGCUGCUGUCGAGGAGGGCCUGGACCCCGAGUAAUAAGGACGAAGCAAGGUCGUCUGCAAGAGGGAUCCAGUCAUCUCGAAUCAUAGGCACCAUGCGAAAGAAGAGAAAAAGUGGAAUAAAAACAAGCAAGUUAAAAUGAAAUAAGCUUGGCACUUGAAUUGGGAAUGAACCUUUGUCUACUUGCACUUCAUCCUUCGCUGGCAAAUGGUGUACGGCGUAACCUUUGAUUGGUCACGCAAUCUUUGGAAAGAUUGCGUGACAAAUGCUAACUGGAUUGACUCUUGCUGACGUUGGUGUUUUAGGAGGUUUUAUUUAUACAGUGGGGGGUAUAUCUAAAGUGAAUAUAGCUUCGCGUAAGAUGCUGAUGACAAGAUAUUUUUUAAACUCAGUCAUAUUGUGAUUAUAAGUGUAAGUUUUAAAAGAAGCAUAUCUACCUCAGAUCAUGCUAAUAUACUGACUCAAUAGCACAAUGAAUCGCAAGUAUCGAAUAAAAAGGCAUUUUUCCUGUAUUUCUAGUAUCGCUAGCGAAAUUCUGUCAGUAGCUCGACUUUAUUUUCACCUCUGUACUUCGGUCAUAUAUAGUUCUUUCUCAAAUGCAUUUAACUUAGAUAAAUUUUUCACACUUAGAAGUCCCAGCCAGAGAUCAUGAUCUCUUGGUCUCUGCUAAUACGUUACCAUCAUGCGUCAGAAAAUUCUGUUAAACCCCUACUUUUUAGACACUUUUUAGCAAAUUUGCGUUCGUUCUGGUGAUCAAGAUUAUGAAAAUAACAGUUUAAACUGAAAACGCAAGGAAAUAAUAUACAAAAUGUUCACAAUAUAACAAUUAAAGUGUUGACUGUCUAUGCAUAAAAAA